AUGGCGAUAUCUUCAGAAGAAAAGGAAAUGGAGAUUGAUCUGUCACUGAAAAUAGAUGCUAGAGAUCAGCAGCAUACGGGAGAAGCAAAGAUGCUAGUAAAUAAUAAUAAUCCAGUAGAUUUGCAAUACAAAGAGCACCACCAGCAGACAACAAUCGCUUCCGCAAGGAAAGAAGAAGAAGAAGAUGGUGCACCGUUAGAGUUGUCUAUGCUGCAAAGGGAGAUGAAUCGCAUGAAAGAAGAGAACAAAGUGUUGAGGAAGGAGGUGGAGAAAACUUUGCAGGAUUACAAUGAUCUUCAGAUGAAGUUUGCUGUUAUUCAGCAAAAUAACACAGUGAAGGACCCUCAAAUCUUUCUCCAACUUAAUGGAACCGAAGGUUUGAUCCAAGAACAACAGCAGGCAAUUGAAAGAAACUUAAAUAUCCUACAUGGGUCGCCAUCACAAGAUGAUGAUGACGAUGAAGAGAAUAAUGAACUUGGGUUGUCGUUAAUGCUGAAAACCAGUUCAAGUCAACGAGGAAUCAGAGGAGAAGAUCGGAAUAAAGAAAUUCAAGAAACCCCAGAUGUUGAAUCGGUGAAGAACAAGGUUCAACAAUGUCAUUCAUCUGCGAUCACGAGCCAUGAUGUUUCCACAUCCAACAGGAAAGCUAGGGUUUCCGUUAGAGCAAGAUGUCAAACAGCUACAAUGAACGACGGGUGUCAAUGGAGGAAAUACGGCCAGAAAAUUGCUAAAGGAAACCCUUGUCCACGAGCUUACUACCGUUGCACGGUAGCCCCAGGCUGCCCGGUCAGGAAACAAGUGCAACGAUGCCUGGACGACAUGUCGAUUCUCAUUACAACAUACGAAGGAACUCACAAUCAUCCACUCCCCGUGGGUGCAACCGCCAUGGCUUCGACUGCUUCAUCAUCUGCUUCACCUUCGACGUUCAUGUUAGUCGAUUCGAGCCAUGGUGUCCCGAACCCUAACUUCAUCAACUCAUCAUCGGCUGCCCUGAACGACCCUUCAAAAGGAAUGGUCCUUGGCCUCACAACCAGUCACCAUUUCGAUCAUCAAAUGCUACCCACACUUCCAUCGGCUCAUUAUCAACAAGCUUUCCCAUGGAUGCCGAGCAGAUAA